ACUGUCUGCCUCAUGCACCUUCUUUCUCCUUACUUUGUUACAGAAGAAAGACCAGGAGGACGACGUUUUUUCCUCCCAACACGUGUUAAAUCCUUCGCCUCCGUUGAUUCACUGCCAUUUCGGAAUGUGAAAGAUGUCCCAUUCUUUCACCUCCCUCCCUACGGAGGCACUCGUCUCAAAGCCCAUUUCUUUGGACUUGUUGUCUACGACCUUUCACCCUGCAGAGCCAUACAGGGCAGACAGCUUCAUCUCCAAUGCCAGUAACAUCAGCGGGGAAGGCAGCCUUCGCUGCACCUACAAGGAAGACUUCAAGCAAAUUUUACUUCCAGCUGUGUACACAGCUGUCUUUGUGCUUGGCAUUCCCCUCAAUGCUGCAGUCAUACUGAAGAUAUGGAAGACAAGGCCCAACCUAAGCCGAAACAACAUCUACAUGCUCAACUUGGCCAUAGCAGACUUUUUUUAUGUGAUGUCUCUUCCCUUACUCAUCUACAACUACGCCAGCCAUGACUACUGGCCCUUUGGGGAAUUUGCUUGUAAACUGGUCAGGUUUCAGUUCUACAGUAAUCUCCACGUGAGCAUCCUGUUCCUCACCUGCAUCAGCGUCCAGCGCUACUUGGCCAUUUGCCACCCACUCGCAGUGUGGCACAAACAAGGAGGUCGCAGGAUGGCCUGGCGUGUCUGUGGAGGAGUGUGGCUGGUGGUAGCUGUCGUUUGUGCACCAACUUUUCAUUUUGCUGCAACAGGAAUCCAACGCAAUCGCACAGUGUGCUAUGAUUUAAGCACACCAGUACAGUCGGGAGACUACUACCCAUACGGCAUGGCUCUGACAUUCCUCGGCUUCUUGCUGCCUUUUGUGUUUGUGAUGCUGUGCUAUUGCCGGAUGGCCCAAAUCCUCUGCCGUCCUGUGUCCUACCAGGGAAUCUCCGUAGCAUCAGCAGAGAAGCGGGACAAGGCUGUGAAGAUGAUCAUUGUUGUUGCAGCCGUGUUCUGCAUAAGCUUCUUGCCAUUUCACAUCACUAAGACCAUGUACCUGGUGGUGCGUACUUUUCGUGCCACGAGCUGUGAGACAAAAAACUUGUUAUCCAUCAUCUAUAAGAGCACAAGACCCUUUGCAAGCAUGAACAGUUUCCUGGACCCUAUCCUGUUUUACUUCACUCAGCCACGCUACCGCCAAAGCACCAAGAGGUUUAUGCUCAGAGUCACGACACUCCGGGACAAGGGCAGCAGUGUGUGAGCAGGCAUUAGAUCCUGUAGAUCCUGCAACUGUGUGAAAGCGCUGUUGCUACGUCAACGGCAGUACCGAGAAGGAUGUAUCGCGAUUGUUUUUCAACAGGUUUCCUGGUGGUGACUUCUCUCACAAACUGUUGUCCAUCAGGCUUUCUGCCUUUGGUCGCUCUAAACUCUGAAAACACUGGAUAUCGUGCAACAUCAAUAUAGUUCUUAUAAUAUACUGUAUAUAAUAAACAGCUUUUAGGAAAGACCGUCAAGCAUUGCGGAAUUCCUCCCGUUGUGAUGAGGAAACACUGUGAUGUGUGACACUGGUUGUACGGUGUUGGUCAUA